AACAAUAGAUAGUAGAGGUUAACAUACAAUCAUUCAUAUAAUUAUAUAUUUGGGAUAUGAGAAACUGAAUUUGAAUAAUAAAAAUGGUUGAAAGUGGUAAUCAUAAUGUUGAUCAAUUGGACGGAUUAUCUGAUGGAACGACGAAACUUUAUAUGUCAAAAAAAGAUACUCCAUUUGUAUAUUUUUGCGCAAUAACAGCAAGUCUACUGGUAUUCACUGGUUGUUCCAGCAUAGUAUGGUCUUCACCAGUUAUACCCAAAUUAAAAUCGACCAACGACGUGGAUAAUCCAUUGGGGAAGCCCAUAUCACCGUUUGAGACUUCUCUAAUAACCGGUUUACCUUCUUUUGUAGCAAUAUUAGGUAACAUUAUUUUCGCUCAAGUACCGAAUGCUGUCGGUAGAAAGAACUCUUUAUUAUUGGUAUCGUUAGGAAUGAUGAUAUCUCUGGUUGUUAUAGCAUUUGGAAGACACGUAUACGUUUACUCUGCUGGUUUAUGUUUUUUAUUUAUAUGCGUAGCUGGAGUUUACGUUGUUUUACCGCUAUAUUUAAGCGAGAUAUCGGAGCCUCAUAACCGUGGUAGAAUAUUGAGCCUCAUAGGAGUUUUGAUGCCUUUGGGUAAUCUUUAUGGUUACGUAUUAGGCCCUCUAACUUCUGUAAGAAAUUUCACUUUACUACUCACUUUACCGCUCGUAAUUCAUUUUAUUGUUGUUUAUUUGGUUUUGCCGGAAUCUCCUGUUUACUUAAUUUCGAAAAAUAAUAUCCCCGCGGCAUUGGUGGCGUUAAUUAGUUUAAGAAGGAAUAAAAAUGUUGUACGUAUUAAUGAAGAUUGUAGAUGUAUUGAAUAUAAUCUUAAAUCUAGGGAAAAUAAUAACCAAUCUGGUUUAAUGGCAUUAUUUAAAAACAAAAACGUCCGAAGAGCUUUAUUAAUUUCUCUAGGUAUAAAUCUUACGCAACAAUUGUCGGGGGUGAUAAGUAUUUUAAAAUUUCUCGCACCUAUUUUUAAUAACGUCAGUUCUUCUUUUUCGGGUAAUAACUUAGCUGUCAUGGUGGCAGUAAUUAAGUUCAUUAGUUUUUUCCUCAGUACUGUUUUAGUUGAGAAAUCUGGACGAAAACCUUUGUUGUUAAUUUCAUCUUUUGGCAGCUGCAUUUCUCUAUUUUUAAUCGGGAUCUAUUUUUUCUUAAAAAAUAAUGUUUCUAACGCAAAUAUCGCAACUUUGAGCUGGUUACCUCUCUCAUCGGUAUUGCUUUUUAAUUUUAUGUACGCAUUAGGUAUAGGUACUCUAUCUAUAACUGUUAUGAAUGAAUUAUUUCCUGUAGAUGUAAGAGCUGCGGGUUGCGCUUUCGUCUUCACUGUAUGUUAUCUAUUAGGAGCUUCCCAAGUUUUUCUAUUUCCUUUAAUUAGUGAAUAUUAUGGAGUACAGUACUGUAUUUGGUCUUUCAGUUUUUUCUGUUUCAUGGGGUUCACUUUUAUGUGUUUCAUGUUACCGGAAACGAAAGGUAAGAGCUACGCAGAUAUUCAAAUUUUGUUAAAUAGGCUAUAGGAUAAUGAAAUUUCAUGAUACAUCAAGAAAUUCGCAAUUUUAUUAGGGAAUUCUAGUCCUGAACGUCAGUUUAAACCACAGAUAUCAACUUUUUCACGUUUUAUCGAUGGCGUUUAUCGACAAACUUUAUUACAGCUCGUUUUGAACCUGGGCUUCCUCGACAAAUCGUCUCCAAACUGGUCUGUUCGUCACCAAUCCUCUUACAUAAAUUUCUUGUGAGCCAUCGUGAACUUGAUCAGUCCAUCUGGUAGGGUUCUACCUCUUUUUCUACUGCUGUAUAUUUCGACAUUCAUCCGCUUGUCCUCCAUUCUUUGAAUGUGGCCAUUAUUUCAGGUUUUCCACUCUGCUUCUUUCAUAUAUUAUUCAUUACCCAACAUUCACUGCCAUAAGUUUCGAUUAUUAUUAGAGUCCUGUAGAUUUUCAACUUCGUUCUUCAUUAUCUUCGAGAUAUUUAAAAGUUGUUGACACCUUUGAAAGUUUUACUAUCUAGAAUUCUAAUCUAGCUUAACAAACGUCAGGUUGAACCACAGAUAUAUUCUUUUUCGCGUUUUAUAGAUGACGCUUAACGACAAGCUUAGGUUUAAACAUCACCCACGGUUUGGGGGCAGUUUGAACUUUAGUCUAACAUCAAACUGAGAAUUCCAAUUUUACCUUACCUUACCAAUUGACACUACGGCUCGUUGUGAGUCUUGGCCUCCUCGAUAAUUCGCCUCCAAACUGGUAUUUUCUUCCCUAUCGUUCUGGUGGGUAGGAAUAUCAAAAUGGUAUGUACGUUUCAAGACCUGUUUUUGAAAUAUGAUGUUCACCAUUUUUAACGUGAUAUUACCUAGUCUGUCUUUUAGAAAUCGUUAAGCUAUGUGUAGAGCUGGGCAGAAUACUGUGCUAAAGUAAUCAUGAAUACCUUUAAAAAGUACUCAAAAGUAUUCGAGUACGAUCAAUUCUAUGAAUAAUUUUACAAAUUUGGUAAUUAUACACUUUCGCGGUCACCUGGUUUUUUGGCCCUAGAAAAUCAAAAAAUGGAUGGAUUUUAAUGAUCUUGGUCUCAAAAUGUUCCAUUUUACGGCGGAUUUAUAAAAAAAAUACGAAAAUUAAAAAAAAUAAAUAUUUUUUACAGUUUCAUGACUUUAAAUGCAAAAAAAUGACUUUCUACAUAUAAUCCUUCGUAACUGUUUCUGACGUCGUGGAAUCAAGUUCGUAUAUUUUUUUUCGCAAUUUACAUAAAAAAAUGAAUAUUUUGAAAAAAAAAUUUCAAAAAAGUUAAUUUUUUUGAAUAAUUGUGAGUUGUAGGAUUUUGUUAAUAAUAAAUUGAAAUAUAUUCGUUAGUUAGGUUAGGUUGUUUUGUAUUGUAAGUGCUUCAAAUGUAUUCAAUUCACAAUUGUUGCAACUCAUUGUCGUGUUGUGUUUCAAUUUAUUAUUAACAAAAUCCUACAACUCACAAUUAUUCAAAAAAAUUAACUUUUUUGAAAUUUUUUUUCCAAAAUAUUCAUUUUUUUAUGUAAAUUGCGAAAAAAAUAUACGAACUUGAUUCCACGACGUCAGAAACAGUUACGAAGGAUUAUAUGUAGAAAGUCAUUUUUUUGCAUUUAAAGUCAUGAAACUGUAAAAAAUAUUUAUUUUUUUUAAUUUUCGUAUUUUUUUUUAUAAAUCCGCCGUAAAAUGGAACGUUUUGAGACCAAGAUCAUUAAAAUCCAUCCAUUUUUCGAUUUUCUAGAGCCAAAAAACCAGGUGACCGUGAAAGUGUAUAAUUACCACAAAUUUUAGAGAGUGCUUGUUAAAAAAAUGAGUAACGAGAAAGAUAAUAAUUCUUGUCAUUUCUUGUGUACCAGUUUGGGCGUCGGUAUCUCGGUAGACUACACUUUUCGAGUACUAAGUACAUCAAGAUAAAAGUACUCAUGAUUAUAGAUACUGAAGUACUUUAAGUACUAAUAAUAUUCACUUGAGUACUUGCCAGCUUUGUUGUGUGGCAUCCAAAGAGUAAGCAGUUUUCACGUGACAAGAUGAUCGUUUAAAAUUGAAAUUACUGUUGUGCAUUCAACACUAAGAGCUAUUUUAAUCGCUUGAUAGGUUCAUCUUCGACAUGAAAUGUUCAUUGCAACCGUUCCAGACUUUGUCGUUUGUACUUAAACCGAACUUAAAAUCAUUAAGCGUACAAAAUAUAAUGGUAUAUAAAAUACAGUGUUGUCAGAUUUAACACCUCCAGUUUCGUGGUAUCUUACAAUAUUCAUAGUGGCCCUUAUUAUAGUAUUUUCAAUGUCAAAUGUACAAUUUUUUCGUUUAUUUCAGUAUGCAACGAAUUUUAUCGUAAUUUAUUUACAUAUAACUUUUUUGUAUUAAAUAAUUUUUGUAGUUUUAUAUGUAAAACAAAUGUAUAUUGUAAUAUAUAGAUUGUCGCUGUAA